AUGAUUAUUCCCAAAGAGGUUCAGUGCAGGACCUGCUCGCAGGUGUUUUGCUGCGCUACAUGUCGCAAAAAGCACGAAGAUGUAAAGCAUCAGGAAAUCGCCAUGUUGCGAAAAAUUUGCUACAUUUGCAAUGACAGACCAUUCCCGCUGAGGAAGGACACUAAAGUUACGCCAAAUAAUCUACUAAUCGCGCAUGUACUGAACGAGCAUUUGCCGCUGCAAUGCAACCGGUGCAGGAAGGUUUUCUAUUCUAUGGCGGAUUUUCAGGAUGCCAGCAAGUGCUUCCUUUUAUGCACGGAUGAACCUGGUAAAGAAGGCGAAUGUCAUCUGCAGAGCAGUAGCAUCAUUGACCCCGACUCGUUGCCCCCGGUAGACGAUGAAAAUAAGGAGAAUGUCGCAACGAAAUGUUCCAUCACAGAAGCGGUCAGUGUGCCGGUAGGCUUAAAGAAGGAAAAAGACCUGCAACCUACAUCCGAAGCGGAGGAAGUGGACGACGCCUUGCUGACACCGUUGACGAAAAUAAAUCUGCGAUGGAAACGCAAGAGCCGCCAAAGCUUCGAGAGCAUGCUCUCGAUGACGAACAACACGUCUGAGGUUAACGCGUCCGGAAUACUGCGCGGUGAAGGAGCGGGUGGUGCACGCAAGCUGGUUCGCACCACCUCCACGCCCAUGUAUCAGUGGCAGCUGAUGCCGACAGGGUUGAAGCAACCGAACGAAUCCUACACGAUGGGCCAGAUGUCGAGCAUCCACUGCAGUAGUGGCAGCGAGACGGACAGCCGCACAGAAGAUCCGGUUGGAUCGCCUGUCAAGCCAAAUGAGCUCGAUAAGGUGCGUGCGAUCAUUCGGAACCGCUCGAAAGCGGUUGCAACACCGCUGCGUCAAGUAAUGUCUAAGAGCAUUCAGCGAGCGAUCGCUCAGCACACUGGAGCGGGUGGCGCUUACUCAAAGAUGCUGCAACCGGGCACUCAGCGGAAGAUGAGCUUCAAUUCAACGGUCAGCAGCGGCGUGAACAGUACUAUUGCCUCCCCGGGGCGCCAUCCACUGGAUUUGCGCACCACGCCGGUUCUGCGACGAGUUGGCGGUAUCGCUUCUGGGGCAUCAAGUCAGGCUCAUCCGAUGGUUCGCAUGGGCGACCCGGGCCAAGAAACGGUGCAGUUAGCGGGACCUGUAACUACGGACGAUGGAGAAAAAUCGCGGUCGCUGCCGAACGUCAACUCUGACGAACGCUCGGAAUACUACGAAACCCAUCGCGAUAUGGAAUCGUUGCGACGAUCAAACGAUUCGAUGGAUGCAGAAAAUCAGGACAGUUCUCGGAAGAUGCGACGAACGUCAAACUACCUGCAUACACCGAAGAUUACUGGAGGGGCCCUGAAGAAGGUGAUUUCCUUCCAAGGACUUCAGAGAGUAACGCUAACGAAGGGCCAUAGUCCGUCGAAGGGGGACGCAGAAGAAGACGUAUGGGGAACGCCAUGUGCAGGAGCUCCAAAUCGAAGUUACAGUUGCUCGGCCGCAGGACUUGGCGAAACAUUCAGGGCUUACGAUGCAUCGGUUGAAGACGCCGAAAAUGAUACCUUGUCGGAUGACGUUUUCUAUCCAUCGAAGGUGCAGCUUCCUGAGCAGCGUGGUGUAAAGGCAACGCUCGGCAAUUCCGCCUUGGAUGGAAAAGGAAAACUGGACGACAUGAUGACUACCGGUGGCAGCAGAUUGUGGUCGAUCGUAUCGAACGUCAUCAGAUUGGCCUCGCGUAGCGACGUGCAAGAGGAGGUUGCUGUUGCAAGCCGCGGACAGAGGGCAGUUACAGCUUCAUCGGGCUCCACUACAAGUGGCAUUGGGUUGAUGCAGCGAGCCGCUUCAUUUGCGGACUAUCUGAAAAGCCGAUACACGGGUGCGAACGAUGGACUUCCAAGGACAUCAUCAUCCGGGUCGGACGAAUAUCGCGUGACAUCGGAGUCGGUAGGCAAAAAAAGGCGACGAAUUGCUUCGUCCUAUUCGCGCGGCGGCCCUCCAGCAACGCUGCUCGUUAAUGUCAGGGGUUCGAAGUCGCAAUACAGUCCUUUGGCGAAACGGAAACGCAUCCAAAGCCGCCAGCCAAUCCAACGAAUGCGCCACACGAGCAGCGAUAGUGUAGGCAGUGCUAGUAGCACUAAUGGACAGUUAAAUUCGAACGGCCAUUAGCCCACCUGAUGACGAUUAGCUCACAUUUAGAGCGCGCACGCA